AUGUUCUCGAGACAGUCGUCGAGGCUCCCCAGCCAAAUCGCCAGGCAAGCGGCGGCCCGCCAGUUUUCCACAAGAGCUGCGCUUAGGCAAGAGGUUCGAGAUGCAUACAUCCUCAGUGCAUCAAGAACGCCAACAGCAAAGUUCAAUGGCUCCUUCACCAGCGUCUCGGCGCCACAGCUCGGCGCCGUCGCCAUCAAGUCCGCCCUCGAAAAGUCCAAGGUCCCCAUCGACAAGAUCGCCGACGUAUACAUGGGCAACGUGCUGCAGGGAUCCGUCGGACAGGCGCCGGCUCGCCAGGCCCUGAUCUUCGCCGGCCUCCCGUCGAGCGUCGAGGCCAUCACCAUCAACAAGGUCUGCGCCUCUGGUCUGAAGGCUGUCGUCUUCGCUGCGCAAAACAUUCAGCUGGGCCUGGCCGAGGCGCAGAUUGCCGGCGGCAUGGAGAACAUGACAAGGGUUCCUUACUACGUACCUCGAGCGUCCAGCUUGCCGCCUUUCGGCCACGUCAAGAUGGAGGAUGGCCUGAUCAAGGACGGUCUGACUGACGUCUACGACCAAUUCCACAUGGGCAACUGCGCCGAGAACACCGCCAAGAAGUACGAGAUCACCCGCGAGAUGCAGGACCAGUAUGCCAUCCAGUCCUAUGAGCGCGCUCAGGCAGCGUGGAAGGCCAACGCCUUUGCCGAAGAGAUCGCACCUGUGACCGUCCCCGGAAAGAAGGGCAACACCGUUAUCGAGGCCGACGAGGGCUAUCUCGAUGUCAAGUUCGACAGGGUCCCCACGUUGAAGCCCGCGUUUGUGCGUGACGGCACCGGCACUGUCACUGCCGCCAACUCUUCCACGCUGAACGAUGGCGCGAGCGCGCUCGUUCUGGGUAGCAAGGAGAUUGCGCAACAAUACGGAUCGGGCUCUCGUGUGCUGGCCAAGAUCUGCGGGUCGGCCGAUGCCGCGGUUGACCCUGUGGACUUCCCUAUUGCCCCAGCCAAGGCAGUUCCCAUUGCGCUCAAGAGAGCGGGCAUCACCAAGGACCAGGUUGCCGUCUGGGAGUUCAACGAGGCCUUUGCCGCCGUCAUCAAGGCCAACGAGAAGAUUCUCGGACUGGAGGGUGCCCGCGUCAACCCUCUCGGAGGGGCCAUCUCCCUCGGCCACGCUCUGGGAAGCUCCGGAUCGAGGAUUCUCGUCACUCUGCUUCACCAGCUGAAGCCUGGCGAAUACGGCGUCGCGGCGAUUUGCAACGGAGGCGGCGCGGCCACUGCCAUUGUCGUGCAGCGCGUCGAGUCUGUGUAA